ACGAUGAGUUACCUCGUCAAUUGGAUGCCUUUGGCCCCACUCACGGACGAGGAACUCUGUAGCAGAGGAGUCGGUAUCAAGGAGGAGCUCAACGAUGUUGUCACCGAAGAGACAUGUCUGGAUAUUAAGGACGAACCACUGGAUUACGGAGAAGAAGUGGGGGAGGAAGUGAGCGACCGGAAAGUGAAAUCCGAAGGAUUUUUCUUUCAAAAUCUGCAUGAACUGAGACAUGAAGCAAAUGAAACGGACUCGCAUGACCUGGUUCAGGAUGGUAAUGGCAUCUUAGGAACGCCAUUUCUGGCUGAGGACAGUGGGAGCAAGUGUUCAUCAGAUGGGAAUCAGGCGAUGUACAAGGAAAAUCCUGAGGAGGAUAUACAAACACAAGUGGAAGCCACAUUGAAACGUUUUGCAUGUGACGUGUGUGGCAAGAAAUUCUCUUCUCGGAGUGGGAUCGAAGUUCACAUGAGAGGCCACACAAAGGAGAAUCCAUACAUGUGUGAUAUUUGCAAUAAGACAUUUUUUGUGAAAGGGAGACUAGUAAGGCACAUGAUAGUGCAUUCAAAUGAGAAGCCCUUCAGAUGUGAUACUUGCAAGAAGUCCUUCGCAUACAAAAGCUCUCUUGUAAAACAUGUCAAACUACAUACAAAGGAGAUUUGCUGUGAGAUUUGCAACAAGGCUUUCGGACAAAAAACUAUUUAGUGAAACA